CUGCAAGUAGAACAAGGUGAGGGAUGGGUCCAAGCUCUAUGUUGAGGAAACUAGUCCUACAUCUAAGUUUGUAUUUAAGGAGUUACAAUGACAUUAUUUUACUUUAGGAGUGGCUCCCAGUACUUGUAAGAGUCACGAGUUAUGAGAGAUUGUAAGCCCACAAGGCUAUUCUAAUUUCUUUUUUGUUUCUUUUUUCUCUUCUCUUGUAUACCUACGUACAAGCAUACAUUGCAGCUCCUGAAUUUCCCAACCGUGGCCAUGGACUUGAUGCACGAGUUGUUUAACAUUGUACUUCCUCCAAUAAACAUCAUAUUGAUCCUAUGUUUCUUACCACCCUAUCUUGUCUUCAAGAUUCUGUAUUACAUUAAAAGGCAUAUAUCCAUAGAAAAUGUUGCCGGAAAAGUAGUACUCAUCACCGGAGCAGCCAAGGGAAUCGGCGAGCAAUUGGCUUAUGAGUACGCAAGGAGAGGAGCUUGUUUAGUCCUGGUCGACAUAAAAGAAGACCGCCUUGGACCAGUUGUUAAUAAAGCUAGACAACUUGGCUCGCCUGACGUUAUAUCAAUCGGUGCAGAUGUUUCAAACAUUGAAGAUUCUCAGAGAUUUAUUGAGGGUGCAAUAAACCAUUUCGGCAGAUUGGAUCAUCUAGUGAACAAUGCUGGAGUUGGAACAGAUUCCAUUACUAACGACAAUGUAUUCAUCAAACCUCGUCGAGUAAUGGAAAUAAAUUAUUGGGGUACAGUAUACAGCACCCAUUUUGCCAUCCCGCAUCUAAGCAAAAGCAAAGGCAAGAUCAUGGUGACUGCUUCAGGUUUAGGAUGGUUCCCUACUCCCAAAACCGGUUUCUAUGGUGCUAGCAAGGCAGCUGUAAUAAACUACUAUGAGUCGCUGAGAAGUGAAAUUGGGUGCGACAUUGGCAUAACAAUAGUAACUCCUGGACUAAUUAAGACGGACAUGUCUGAUGAGCUCGAGAAAAAUAAAGGUGUGAAUUUGAUUGUGCCAUUAGAAUCAAAAGAAUCAUGCGCCAAGGCAAUGGUGAACAGUGUUUGCCGUGGAGAUAAGUACUUGGUGGAGCCAUCAUGGAUAAGGAUCCUAUUUUCUUGGAAGGUUUUUUACCCUGAAAUUGUAGAGUUUGGCAACCACUGGGCUAUUUUCAGGAACCGCGGCACUCCGAAGAAAAGCCCAAUUCAAUCACCUGAAGCCAAGGCAGAGUAAAAUCUUUUAUCAUGAUUAAUUAUUGCUUUAUUUACCCAUUGAAGAAGACAAAAUCUAGGAACCUGUCCGUAUAAUCUUAUGAAGCAUGUUGGACAACUUUUCUAUAUUACUUUCUUUUUACAUUAAUGACUCCUUUAUUAAGACAUAAGCUCUUGUUUGUAAAUCAUUAUAUGUUUAUUAAGCUAAACAAGCUUACAUGACGUUAUCCUUAUAUUCUUCAA